AUGACGAAUGCAUUUCCUCUUCUUCGUCUUCCGUACCUCGUGCUUAUGCCUAUCUUGGAACAAAUGGACUUUUUUGAAAGAAUUGCGCUCUCGAUUUUCUCCAGACGAGCUAGAAUGUUCUUGAAACUACUCCAAAAGAAGAGCAAACGUAUAAAUUUGAAACUCAAGCACGACACUAUCGAGAUGAAAGUGUUGCUUGAUAACUGGGAAGAAUUAAAACUAGAGCUGUAUCCGAGUGGAUAUGUAGAACUGAGAUAUCAAGAAGAUAUAUUGUUAUGGAACACAAUGGGGGUCCCUCCAAUGGACUACGCUGUUUCAAUUAUGGACGUCAUGCAUUGUAAAUCGAUUUAUCAGUUCAAAAUCGCUGAAAUGUCUCAAUGUGAUAUUCUCCCUCUCCUUGUGAACCUCCCGAAAAUCGAUAGAGUCGUUGUUUACAGCAACUUGUCCGACGUUUGUCCAGUAGAGUCCCGGCUUCGAAGAAUUUUGAGAAUCGUUUCGCCCGUAUCUUCUGGAGUUACUAUUUACCAUCACUUUCAAAACCUCAAAUAUCUCCGAGAAAUCCUCAAAAAGAAUUUUGACGUCGUGACUAUGGAAAAUUAUUGGGUUAAAGACGAGCCAAUUCGCAAAAUUAAAUUUUCUCUAAACGAUUUGAUGAUGGCAAACGCUAAGACGCUUGAGCUUUAUAACGUUAUUCUGAACGGUAAAGACAUGAACCGCUUUUUCAAGUUGUGGAUGAAAAAAAACUGGAAUCCACGACUGGAAUAUUUGGAAGUGAGGUUAAACGGCAAUAUCAAUAAGGAUUUCCUCCUGAAAGGAUUGAAAACAGUUCCAGUUCCCAUUGAAACAAAGAGAACAUUCCGGGUUUUGGGGAAUGUAAAACAGAUGGAUGAGAGGAUUAAUAGGGAAUGUGAUAUAACGAGAGCCGAUGGGAGAACAGCAACAAUCAGGAUGUCAUCAUAUGGAACAAUUUAUUUCUACGUUUGGCCAGAAUCAACCAGUCUUGAUACAAAUCAGUCUUCAUUCGAGCGUAUUUUCGCUAAUGUUUACAAUUCACGUGUUAAACAUUUCAAAUAA